AUGCAUGCAGACAAAAGCUUUGCGCUUCAGGCCUGGUAUGAGAAGUUAUUGGGACAUCAGCAGUUGACCAGCGACCACCUCACUGGAACUUUGUUUUGUUUUUUAAAUAGGAAAAUGUUCAGAAUUCAAAGGGUGCAUUGCUCAACAGCUGAAUGGGGCCCACAAUAUUACCUUGCAGCUUUCCUGAUCAUGAUCACCUGGUCUGGCCCAGUCUCACCCCUGCAUGCCCCUCCAGUGACAGCAGGUCUCCGCUCGGCUUUCUCUGCAAUACGAACCAGUAGCAUAGUAGGGGGCAAGCAGAGUGUUGUGACUUUUAACAAGCUUUCGGUCAACAUUGGAAGGGAUUUCAAUCCAGACACUGGUUACUUUCGUUGCCGUGUCCCAGGAGUGUACUACUUCUCCUUCUCAAUGGGGAAAUUUCCAAAGAAAAUACUGUCUGUAAUUUUGGUGAAGAACGGGCGGGAGGUGCAGGCCAUGGCGUAUGAUGACGACCGCAAAAAGGGCAGGAAAGUUGAAAGCCAAAGCAUAAUGAUCGCAUUGGAGGAAAUGGACACAGUGUGGUUGCUGUUGCAGCAGAGUUCUCAGUAUGCUUUAUACAGCAACGCCGGCCCUUACAUCACCUUCUCUGGUUACCUCGUCUAUCCUGACAUCUCUUCAAGCAGAUACAUCAGCAACCACCUGACUCCUCACCCAAACUGUCCCCCUCAGGCUGAAUCCUGGGUCAGACAUGAGACAUCAGAGCAGCCCCGAUCGGCCUUUUCUGUGGCACGGACGUCCACGUUCAUAGGUCGGAGUCGCAAGCCGCAGCACAAAUCACCUCUGACCUUCGAUGUAGAAUUGGUCAACAUUGGAGGGCAUUUUAACAAAUCCUCCGGCAGGUUCACAUGCCGCUUCCCAGGGGCCUACUAUUUCGCAUUCACGGUGGGGAAACACCCUCGUAAGGCUGUUUCUGUGAAGCUGAUGACUGGUGAGGGUGUGGUGCAGGCCAUGGUGUUUGACGAGGAUGCGUCCAAGAGACGGGAGAUGCAGAGUCAGAGCUUGAUGCUGUCUCUUCGCCGUGGUGACACUGUGUGGCUCUACAGUCAGCACGAUAAUCGCUAUGCUGUGUACAGCAACCAAGGGAGGUACACCACCUUCUCAGGUUUCUUGGUGUAUCCUGAAGCCAACGCACAUACACACAGCCACAAAUAA